CUAGAUAAGACCCUUAUUCUUUGGUUGGGAUCGUGUAGGGCCCUUUGAAGCUGCAAUGAAACUGCAAUUUGGAAGUUCAAACCAUUGGGAAACAUAGAAGUCCACAGGGAUGUUUCCAAAUACAAUGAGAGCGGAUGAAAGUCCCAAAGUGUUUGAAGACAUCAUGCGGGUUCCAGUGAAGAUGGAGUAUGAGCUGGGAGAGCAGACAGAGCAUCGCCUCAAGGAAAUGGGCGCCCGCUGUGUGGGGGAAACCUUAGACGUAGAGUACUACUACGAUACUGACAGCUUCCAACUGGCUUCUACACAGACUUGGUUGAAUCAACAUAACGGCCAGUGGGGACUGAUCCUGGCAGAAGAACAAGAGCUUAAUCACGCUCAAUCAUACCACACCAAAAAGUUGGAAGCUGGACAUUCUGAAGAAAAGAAAAGCAAAAUACUUAACUCAUCACAUGAAGAAAAAUCAGAAACAGGCGCUGACUUUAGAAAAACAUCAAACAACGAGUGUCCUGAAAAGGUCAUGUCCAAAAGCCAAGUUCAGAGAACACUGGAUAUGUCUCUUGCAUAUACAGAACUAAGUGACCCAUGCUCCAUCAUGCUGCAUCUCUCAAAGUGUCUCCAACUCCCUCUAACCCAUAAUGAAACGCAAAGUAUGACCAUGAAGGACUUUUUGAACAUGGCCCGGAUUCAGAUGUAUGACAGCUGGACCAGGACCAGCACUGUGAAGUACUCUCUUCCUGGUGGCUGCUCACUGGAAAUGGAGAAAAACUACAGAAUUCCCACUGAAACUCCUUCUGCAUUUUUGAUGAUGAAUGCUGAUGUGCUGAGCAUAAGCAGUGAGCUGGAAAAGAUGGAUCGGCUGCGUAAAGAGCUAGGCCUAAAACCAAAGGCAAGCUCAGAUAAACAAUUAUAAAUGAUUGUUGAAGACUAGCGGUUAGCACACAUCCUCUGACACAACAAUCUGCAGUGGUCAUGUGGACACCGUCUCUAUGGAAGCCUCUUUCUGCCACUGAAUAAAAAAUUAAAAAAAAGGUAAUUGCUAUUUUUUACUUUUGCGAGAUUUUUUCUCGCAAUUGUGUGUUAUAAGUCAGAAUUGUGAGAUAUAAAGUCUCAAUUCUGACUUUUUUUCUCAGAAUAGCAUGAUAUAAUUAAUUAUAAGAAAUAAAGUUAGAAUUGCAAGAUAAAAACUCACAAUUCUGACUUUUUUCAAUUGUGAGUUCGUAUAUUGCAAUUCUGACUUUUUUCUCAGAAUUGUGAGAUAUAAACUCACAAUUGUGAGUUAUAAAGUCUAGUUUUCAGGGAAAAAAGACUGAUAUGUUCUCAGAAUUGCGAGUUUGUAUCAUGCAAUUCUGAGCAAAAAAAAAAAUCAGCAUUGUGAGAGAAAAGUUGCAGUUACCUUUUUUAUUUUUUAUUCAUGGCAGA